UCUUCCACGAAGGCGAAAACUGCCACAUAAGCCGACGUGAAAACGAGUUUCGGCAAAAACGGAAAGUCUGAGAGAUCCGCAACAAGCCAAAAAAUGCGCGAAUAGAGAGAGACGGCGAAAAAGUGCGGCGGAACGAGCGAACGGAGCGCGAGUCGGCGAAUGACGAGGCAGGUGGCACACCGAGUGGUCAGCUCGCGAGCAGUGUCAAUACCGUUAGGAGAGCGAGUGACGUGCCCAACUGGCGGAGGUACAGACCCUGAGAGAGUGAGGCACUCUCAGGUAGGUACAACCACCGCUACAGAUUCACGCCGCCGCCUUCUUCCUCCUCACUCCAGAAGGCGAGAUGCGGGUAUGCAACAUGACCUGCCGAGAGAAGCUCAUUGGCUCGCCACCUGCAGACCUGAGCGCAGCUACCUGACGAUCGACCAUCUGAGCGGCAGACGGGCCACUGCACUCGCAGCCAGCCUGCACAUUACUUACGGCUACACACGCAGCCUCUCGCAAAGCCGACACACGUAUUGAAGCCUCAAGAUGCAGGCUGCGAGCCGGGCAGCUGUAGCCCUGAUGUAUUGCGGCAUUCUCUUGCAAAGUGCUUUUGCUUUUCCUGCGGCUUCCCUUAUGGAACAGGAGGUUGAUGGUGAAGGAACGAGAAAAGUUUUGGGAUCAAGCGUUGUAACCUCUGUGUCCGUAAUAAUGGACCUGGGAAAUGGAUCUCAAGGAUUUGCUGAUGCAACUGGACGACCCGUUGAAAAACCUGCGAGCGCGGAUCAUUUGGCGAGCCCUCCAAGCCUUAUGUCACCGGAUCGAUACGAAUUCUACACAUUCAACGACGAAGGAGAUCUGGUUAAAAGGUUGAUGACUAUGGACGAAAUCCAAGGUCUCAUCGCUGGCGAGAGCGUGGAAAUCGGCUCCGACCUGCCCGGAAUCGAGCCUGAUGAAGCUGGGCACGGGGAAGAGCAGAGACCCGGGUCAUUUUUCUACUUGCCACAUCCACUAGAAAGAACACCCGACUGGUCACCCCCAGGCGUUGACAAGGUCGUGAAGAAGGUGCAAGAUGUUCUUGCCGACGUGCAAAAUAAAAUCACAAUUGAAGAAGGAAACCACGUCCCAUCAUGGGGAAUAAACCGACCUAACGUUCCUAAUCCGCUUUUGCACCCAACUCAGAACAUCCCCGGCUCAGUCUUGCACUUGCUGAAAGAUACUCCAGAGAAAUUCAGCACAUUUGUGCCUCCAGUGCACAGCUUCAGCACUCCAAAGCCAGAUUCUCAAUCGAAUGUUAACGAAGGCAGUAUUUCUACCGAAGAGUCCACUGUGGCGCCAAGCUCCACGCCAAUUUUACCACCAACGAGCUCCACGAUUGAAAUCACUUCCACCACCCAGAAAUUGGAGGCGUCGUCAACGGAAGCACCUGCAGUUACAGAGAAUUCCAAAGUUGUAGGGUUUUCAACUAGCACACCUGCAGAAAAAACUACAGCCGCUCCUCUCGAUGAUGAAUAUUAUGUACCAUUAGUUCCAAUCAAGCCUGAUUCAGAUCCUCCGGCAAUUACAAUUCCCUCAACAAUUAUUGCAGACUUGUUGAUUGAAGACAUGCACGAGAAAAUCAAGCACACUGCUGAGCCUCCAAAAAUCACAAUCGCCCCAGAAAAACUCCCUGCGUUUACGAACACUCCCUCAUACGCAGAUCGAGAGUCGAGUGCAACAACAAAAAUUACUCUGAUAACAAAGUCUACUACUACCACAACAAGUGCCCCAGAAACAAAACCACCUACAACCACUGAAAUUUCUCCAGAAACAAAGUCAACCACAACAAUUUCCCAAGAAUUAAAAAUAGCUACGACCAAUUCCCCAGAAAUAAAAAUUACAUCUGCAAGUGUGCCAGAAACAAAGCCGUUCACUACAAAACUAACUACACCUAAUCCACCUGAAAUUAAAUUAACCACGACAAAGACACCAGAGUUAAAGGUCGCUACAACUAAAGCACCAGAAACAAAGUUGACUACCAAUAUUCUGCCUCAAACAACAACUAGUGCCCCUGCAUCAAAGUUAACUACAACAGUUAACUUAAUUACGAUGAAAUCACCUGAAAUUAAGCUGACUACAACCGAGAUGCCAGUCACUCAAUCAACUACAGUAAAAUCAACCGAGCCAACCACGCUGAAACCUGUUAUAGUCAAAUCCACUACAGCAGCUCCACUUAAAAUUGCGACAGAAGAAAAAUUGCCGGCUACAGUGUACAGUAAAAUCACCACUUUAUCGCCAGAUAAAAUCAUCAAUUCAACGCAAAUAAAAAACACCACGAAACCAGCAAUUCCGACUAUCAUGACCACAGCGAGUGUGUUACCCUCAACUGCGGCACCAUUGCCCAGCUCGACGACCCAAAAGGCUUCUACCAUAAAUUUGCUGCGCACCCCUUCCACGUCAACCGUUCCACCCAGCACUGCUGAAUACAGGAAACCAGUAUCAGGGUUUUACAUUACUAAACCUCCAGCAGCAGCAGCAGUAACUAAAGUGACAUCUACGACACUUCCGCCAACACAGCCAGCAGAAUCCUUAGAACUAGCUGCUGUUACUACAAAACAAAAUGCGACCGAGAUUAAGAUUACUGAAACAAAUAUUAAGCCGGUUUCAAAUAGCUUCACUACUACCAAAGUGACAUCUACGACACUUCCGCCAACACAGUCAGUAGAAUCCUUGAAAUUAGCUGGUGUUUCUACAAAACAAAAUGCGACCGAGAUUAAGAUUACUGAAACAAAUGUUAAGCCGGUUUCAAAUAGCUUCACUACUACCAUAAUUGCUCCUACAAUGAAUAAUGCAGGUGUGAGUGGUAGCGCGGUCACAACCAAAGCGCCUUUGAAAACUACUGCUGCUCCAACGACGACUGUUAAGUUAAGCACUGUUUCUAAAAUCGAAUCAACGACAACUAAAGAGCCCGCCACAACCGAAUCAGCAAGCACUCAAAAACCAACUCCGCCACCGCUGGAGGACUUUAAAGCACAAGUUAAUCAAAUUGCUCAGUCAUUGACUGACAAGAAAGCAUCUAGCAUUAGGCCAAUAAUACCCGUCUCAGACGCUGGAUCGAAUAUUUUUUCAACGUCUACCACUUUAUCUUUUGGCUCAUCGUAUCAAACUGGAAAAACUACUCCUCCCGCAAGGACAUCAAGCCCUGUAACACGAACAACGGAAAAACCGACAACCACUCAAUAUGUUCCAAUCGAAACGACAAUAAAUCCAGCCUACUAUGAAACUCAGAUGACUACUAUAAACGAACCUUUAGCUGCUGACAAUCUAGUUUUGGAAGACAUGACCUCAAAAACAUCGGAUUUUGAGAUAACCUCUGAAUCACUCCCUGAAAAUGAUGGCCUUUCUAAUGAAUAUGAAUUGGCCGACUCGCUUGAAGAGGAUGAAUCCUCCUUUGAAAGCACCGAAAAAACUGAAACUAACGAGGACGUACCGUUUAUUUCACAAAUUUUUGAAGAUACGAACAGAUUCGAAUACGAGGAAACUGCACCGCCCACGACAUUGACACCAGAAAUUCCUUCUACCACGCAAGCCGUUGUCGUGAAAACCACAACUAAAACUACCUCCUUGCCAAAAACUACGUCUACUACAGAAAAAUCGCCAGUUAGCGAAAACAAAAUUAAAGUGCUCACUACCGAGGCAACAGAUGCUCCUCCUACGACAAAAAAAGAAGUCCAGCCGCUUAUAAAACCCGAUCCUAAACCAAUCCCUCAAGCAGAAGCAACACAAUCUAAGAAUGGAACUACUCCAAUUGAAGUGCCAAAACCGAGCUCAGAAAUUAAACACGAGGUAAAUACGCUAUCUACUUUGGUUCCAAUUGGUUCUGGUGCUGGUCAAAGUUCUACACAAACACAAACUACUAAACCCAAGCAAGAUCCUGUGACAGCACCAACCACUAAAACGACUAACUUGAGGCAAGAUGACUAUUUUAAUACUGAGGACGCUGAAGACAUGGAAUUGGUGUCGACAACAGAGUAUUUUGUGCAUCCCUCUACAAUUAAGCAUGCAUCCGUUGUACAGCUUGACACAAAAGGUCCCUCGAAUGCAAAGCCAGUGGUGACCAAACUGGAUAGGGAGCGGAUAAAGGAGGUUUUGGAUCAAAUUUUGGACACUGCCGGAAUACUAAAUUAUGGAGACAGUUCUGAGGAAGCAGUUAGAGAAGAAAUUUACACUACUUUCAUUCCAGCAUCGACGACUGCGAAAAAUACUUCACCCCAGUCAAGUGGCUCUAACAACACGAGCGUAGCUAGUGCGUUGACAAAUAAAACAGAAUCAUUUGUACCGUCUGCACCCGUUAAAAACCCCGAACACAAUAGCACAAUUGAAUCCCAUUCAGAAAGUAUCACCGACCUUGAAGUGAGCUGGCAGGAACCACCAGAAGUAGUUUGGACUGACGACAAGCCCGAUAAAACCACUCAAGAGGACAGCAAUAAAUACACACAAUCAGCGCCCACACAUAAAAAGACGACUGCGAACAAAAGUACGUCGCCCGCACCAAAUACUGCCGAAACUGAAGCCACAACUACAGAGUCGAUUAACAAUAACAUCGCAAAGGAUCCUCUGGUUUAUACUAAAUCUAAUGAUGAUGGAAUGGAGCUGAUCUCGACCAGCGACAAAAUUAAACAAUCCACUCCUGCAAUAAGUAAGCCUCAUCCCAAUCCCUACUUGGAAGUGUCAUCGCCAGAAAUAGUAUUAAAGCAGGCAUCGAUAAAUAAUCUUGGUCUCGAAGCGACCACUGUUAUGUUGGAUGAGGACGUGCGCAGGUUCAUCGACCUCAGCAACGACAUUGGAAUCCGGCUUUACAAACACACCACUUCCGAGUUGGACAAACGACGAAGCAUCGCGAUCUCACCCUUUGGCGCGACGUCUCUGAUCGGUAUGGUAUUCAUUGGUGCACGUGGACAAACGUCCGCGCAAAUCAAUGAUUUCCUGCCUUUUGAUGACAUGAUCACGUUCAACCCGCAUCUUGUGAUGAGGAACAUCACGGAUUCUGUCAUUAUGAGCCCUGACCUUUUUUCUGCCGCCAUCGUUAGAGAACUUUACAGUCAGAAGGGAAGCAAGCAGCCCCUUGAUUUUUACAAAGCACGCGCCAGUGCUUUUUACGACGGUUUAGUUCAGCAAGUAGAUUUUGACGGAAUCUCCAAGGUGGUGAGAGAGAGGACUAAUGAGCUCGUAAAAACCCAAACCUCUAAUAAAGUUCCUGCGUUUUUGGGAGACGCUGCCGUUUUACGACUCAAUCCGCCGUUUGCAGCUUUAAGCGCUAACGUUUUCCAAAUGAACUGCGCUUUGUCGUCUUCCGUCGGCCGAGAUGGCGAAAUGAUUUUCCACGGAGAAAAGGAAGCGCGCACUUUGCCAUCAACAGUGUGGAGCGGCGAGUUCAUGUAUGGCUAUGACGUUGGUCUUGAUGCUACUGCGGUUGAAAUUCCUCAUUCGAACUCUCCUGCCGGUGCCUUGACCAGCACUGUUUUCGUCAUGCCUGGAAAACCAGGUUCGAACAGCUACGCAGGAGUUCCUUUGCUAGCGCGUCUCGAAGCCCGCUUGAUUUCUCGGCGCGCUUGGUCGGGAUUGCUGAGGAACCUGCAGCGCACAGAAUAUGCGAUCGACGUUCAAGUGCCGCGAUUUGAGCAUCGAUCAGUUCUUAACUUGACUGUUCCCCUUUCAAGAAUGGGACUGAAAGAACUGUUCUCCAAAGGAUCUGCUGAUCUAAGGGGCGUGAAUGGAAUCCAAGAACUGUAUUUGAGUGAUAUCACACAGAUGAAUGUGUUUUCGCUUUGCUCGACGCCUGAUGCUGAGGGCCACGUAGAAACCUACCCAAGCUCUAAGCGCACUGGUCGUUUGGGAAGCAGAGGUGGCGAGGACGAGGAGGACGAUUAUGACUGGAAAUCGAGCAGCGUACUAAAAAUGCCACUGCCUUUGAGACCAAGGCAGGCGAGGAUACCGAUGUCAGACAAUCCAAGAUUAAAGAUAGAUCGACCGUUCAUGUACUUUGUUAGACACAACCCCACAGGAAUGAUUUUGCACAUUGGUAGGUUCAAUCCUAGAGACGAACCCUAGUGGCUUCACUUCAAUCCCCCGUCAAAAUUGAAAAGACUUUACUUUAAGGCCUGCAAAUUAAUUUUUGAUGUGCACUUUUCUUAAAGUGGACGUUAAAAAUGUGCAGUAUCUUGACCAAAUGAUUUUCCUUAAUUGCUUGGUUGACAUGAUAAUUUCCCUUAAUAUACACAGAAGCAGUAGCUGUCGCGUUAAUUUCACUGUCGGAUUAACAUGUUUUACGUGUAAAUAUAAUUUAGUAAGUUAUUGUGCUAGUGUUUUUAAAGUAUGUUGAUUGUAAAUGUUAUUUUUUUCUAAAACCAAAUAAAAAAUAAAAUAUUGAUCGUGACAAAACAUCACGAAACACAAAAAGCAA